GGGCUUCAGAACUAGACCCCUGAGUCAAGUGACCAGAGCUGGGGGCUCCUGCCUGAGGACCUCAGCUUCUCUUCCCCCAGGUUCCCGUCUGAUGGGGAGAUGGCUGAUGUCCAGAACAUUUCACUGGACAACCCGGGGAACGCGGGGGCCGUGGCAGUGCCUGUGGUCUUUGCCCUCAUCUUCCUGCUGGGCACAGUGGGCAACGGGCUGGUGCUGGCGGUGCUGCUGCAGCCCGGCCCGGGAGCCUGGCAGGAGCCAGGCAGCACCACAGAUCUCUUCAUCCUCAACCUGGCAGUGGCCGACCUGUGCUUCAUCCUGUGCUGCGUGCCCUUCCAGGCCACCAUCUACACGCUGGACGCCUGGCUCUUUGGGGCCCUCGUCUGUAAGGCCGUCCAUCUGCUCAUCUACCUCACCAUGUACGCCAGCAGCUUCACGCUGGCUGCCGUCUCCAUAGACAGGUACCUGGCUCUGCGGCACCCGCUGCGCUCGCGGGCCCUGCGCACGCCGCGCAACGCCCGCGCCGCCGUGGGCCUCGUCUGGCUGCUGGCGGCGCUCUUCUCGGCGCCCUACCUCAGCUACUACGGCACGGUGCGCUACGGCGCGCUCGAGCUCUGCGUGCCCGCCUGGGAGGACGCGCGCCGGCGCGCCCUUGAUGUGGCCACCUUCGCCGUCGGCUACCUGCUGCCCGUGACCGUGGUGAGCCUGGCCUACGGACGCACGCUGCGCUUCCUGUGGGUGGCAGUGGGCCCUGCAGGCGCGGCGGCGGCCGAGGCGCGGCGACGAGCCACGGGCCGUGCGGGGCGCGCCAUGCUGGCGGUGGCCGCGCUCUACGCGCUCUGCUGGGGCCCGCACCACGCGCUCAUCCUCUGCUUCUGGUACGGCCGCUUUGCCUUCAGUCCCGCCACCUACGCCUGUCGCCUGGCCUCGCACUGCCUCGCCUACGCCAACUCCUGCCUCAACCCGCUUGUCUACGCGCUCGCCUCGCGCCACUUCCGCGCGCGCUUCCGCCGCCUGUGGCCCUGCGGCCGCCGCCGUCGCCGCUGCCGCCGCGUCCGCUGUGCCUCGGGUGCCCGCCGCGCCCUCCGUCGCGUCCGCCCGGCGUCCUCGGGCCCCGCCGGCUGCCCUGGAGACAUCCCGCCUCGGAGGAGGCUUCCGGCGGGCGGCGGCUGGGACGGGCAGCCGGGGGAGGAACCUGCCCGCCGCGGAGAGGCUGGACGAGCCCUGUCGGCACUAGGAUAGGAAUAAACCUUGCCCGCCGACUCUGGGAGUCCAUCUGUCUGUUUGCCCUCUUUUGGGAGGGGCGGGAGGACCGGAUGCCAUAAGGCUAAGGCAUGGGGCCAAGGCCUGGAUUGCCCAGAGAGGUAGAGUUACUUGCCAAAGCUCCACGGCAGGCGGUGGCUGACAUGAGGCUCCAGCAGCGUGGACACCCCUGGGCGAUGAAAAUGCCACAGCCUAGCCGGGGCAGCCCCCAGACUCGGCCCAUAGCCAGUCUGGGCGGCUCCUCUGCCCAUCCCUCCAGCUUGGCCAGCACCUGCUGGGCCUGGCGUUCUCCACUACCCCUUACCAAGCCCCUUCCUUGUCCCAGGCCCUAUUCUGGGUGAUUUAAUAAUUGCAGCCAAUACAACAAAUAU